AUUCACCCCGAAUUUGAUGAGUAACCAACCAACCCAACAUCUGUUGCUUAUGAAACUACAUUAACUAUUCAUGCAACAUCUAAAUUAUAUAAGAGAAAUAUGAAGGAAAGAAUGUGAAAACAAUCUCCAGCUUUGUCUCUCUCGCUUGUUCUUCGACCUCAAAAUGCACACAGCAUUUGCUCUGUCUCUUUCAAACCCAUUUCUCAAUCCACAGAAACUUCUAUAUGGAAAUUCUGACCCCAAACUUAACCCAUUUUUAAAAGUUACUUCUUUGAAACCACUCCAACCCAUCUGCUCUCAUGGCUCCUCAUGUAGACAAACCUCAUUUUUGGGUUCUUCUUGUCAGUUUUUCAAGACUGAACUCUCUAAUACUUCAUUUCUAUGUUCAAAUCCUGGAUUUCAUAGUUUAAAGCGAAGGGCUGCCUCAGUUCCUGGGAGCAGAAGUGAGAAUGAGACUGGUGAUUUGGUUCAAAUUACACAAUUAGGGGCUAUGCUUGGAAUUUGGUAUCUUUUGAACAUCUACUACAACAUUUUCAACAAACAGGUUCUUAAGGUGUAUCCAUUUCCAGCAACAGUUACUGCUUUUCAAUGUGGCUGCGGGAUGCUGAUGGUUAUCAUAAUGUGGUCACUAAAUCUUUACCAUAGACCAAGACUGACUCGUUCACAGCUCGCUGUAAUCCUGCCACUCGCUCUCAUGCACACAAUGGGAAACGUUCUGACUAAUAUUAGUUUGGGAAAAGUUGCUGUUUCAUUCACUCAUACCAUCAAAGCUAUGGAACCCUUCUUCACAGUUUUAUUUGCUGCUCUGUUUCUUGGUGAGAGGCCUUCUUUCUGGAUAAUAUCCUCCCUUGUCCCAAUAGUUGGUGGAGUGGCUUUGGCAUCAUUUACUGAGUCCUCUUUCAACUGGAUUGGUUUCUGCAGUGCUAUGGCUUCCAAUGUGACUAACCAAUCUCGAAAUGUACUUAGCAAAAAGUUCAUGGUUAACAAAGAGGAAACUUUGGACAACAUCAAUCUCUUCUCAGUACUAACCAUUAUUUCUUUCAUCCUGUUGGCUCCAACAGCUAUUUUCAUGGAAGGAAUCAAGUUUACUCCUUCAUACCUCCAGUCUGCUGCCAACCAUGGCUUGAAUGUCAAAGACCUAUGUAUAAGAUCUCUUCUCGCUGGCUUGUGCUUCCAUUCUUAUCAACAAGUCUCCUAUAUGAUUCUACAGAUGGUAAAUCCAGUUACUCAUGCUGUGGGAAAUAGUGUGAAGCGUGUAGUUGUGAUAGUCUCCUCAGUCAUAUUCUUCCAAACUCCUAUAUCGCCUAUAAACUCCCUUGGAACUGCAAUGGCUCUUGCUGGAGUGUUCCUGUAUUCAAGAGCGAGUCGGAUAAAGCCAAUGCCAAAGGCUUCUUGAAUUUUGUCACAACGGACAAAAAUGUUGUGUCUGUGUAUAUAUAUAAUUUUUAUUUUCAAUCGUCUAAAAGAAAUCUUAUCCUUUUAAUAAUCUAAAAUCAGCUAUUUAUUAGCCAAGUAGGAUUUCUCAAGGGCUUUGGAUUUUGAACCACUCUACUGCGAUUUUAACAAAUUGUUCGUCAAAA